AUGGACCUUAUCCAUUUUUUGAAGACUACCUGGCAAUUGCUUCUGUACUUAUUUUUACUCCUUUCAGAAUGCUCAGGUAACAUCAUAAACAAGCUCCACUCAGUGGCUGAGAAAAACUCUGACAGUGGAAGCACUGACAAUUGUAGUCAUAUCUUGAAUGCAUCAGCAGCUGAUUUCAAAAGCUCUCAGUCAGUUUCCAGAAACCAAUACAGAACUCUAGUCAAAAACUCAAAGGCAUUCCCCAGCAGUGUUGCAAAGAGUAUGUCAACCUUGGAAUCCACAAACCGUGGAACAGGAACUACAUCACAAGUGGGAAGAAAGAAGCAAUCAAGAAUCCAGUCUGGUGGCCCUUAUCAAUAUGUUGUAGAUGAUGGUAUUCAGUCUAAAAAUUAUUUUGAAAACUAUCACAAAGGACAAAGGCUCAAAACACCAAGUCAAAAUAAUAUUCAACACAGUAUCAUCCAUCCUGCAGCUCCUGAUUCUACAUUGAGGCAUCUUCCUCUUCCUAAUUUUUUUAUACCAUACUUGGUUCCAUGUUUUUUCAAUCCUGAAGAUGCUGCAAAAUGGUCAUCUAUGGGAAUGGUGUUCAAUCCCAUGACCUCAACUGUUGUACAGCCACAGAGUUUUGGUACAGCAGACACCAAAGACUCCCAUCCACACCUCCCUACUCAACAGGACCAUGAAGUCCACAACUUUUACAAUUAUAACAGUGUGCCAACAUCUCAAUCAAGCCUUUUAAACCCUGGAAUAACUCCAGAAGCUCCAUCCAUUCCAGGCACGUUUUUACCUGAUGAUGAACAAAAUGUCUCAUUCAUGAGGUCAAAUGCGCCUCUCAGGACUGAUAGCUUUGGCACCUUUGAACCAAUGAACAUAAGGGGGAGAUUAGGAAAAUCUAGUAGCCCAAACAAAGUACCUAACCAAAAGGACUUUGAACCCAAUUUCUUACAAAACUUCCCAAAGUUAUCAAAGGUGUCUAUACAGAAGAAGACUACUAGUCUUGAAACACCAUUGCCAUUGUCUACUUCUUCAGAAAAGAAAGGAAAUCCAGAAAUAUUAUCAAAAAAAUCAAGCCCAUCUCAUACCAAUGUCUCCUGGAAAAAUGUUGCUGAAAAGAAAUCAAUAAGUCUAUAUUUGAGCAAUAGAGCUGGACUUGAAGAUCUUCCAGGCUCUGGACAUUCAAAAAUCCUCCACAGAUCAUCUAGGCGCCAAAAAGCCAACACACAGAAAUCUGUGCAGUCAAUGUCUCAUCAAAAAAAUCAAUCAUCCAGUUUUGAAGAUGAGAUAAAGACGCCACCAAGUUUUAUUUUUGAUCAAGAAGCACAAGUAUCAAGUGUUUCACCAAAUUCUAUGAUGAAAGAACCCAAUUCUAUGACAUAUUCUGACAACAAUACUCCCAAAAAAUUGGUGGAAAUUUCUAAACCUGAUGAAUGGUCAAUAUCUUUGGGAAAUAAAAAGAGAGGGAAAUCCUUUGCACAAGGGAAAACUGACAGUUUGCAUUUUACAAAUCCACAGAACAUGGAGAUAGAAUGGCAGGCCUCCAAAUUGGGAGACAUCCACAGCACUGUAGAUGGUGCAGCUUCUGCAAAUGUUGACUUUCCCAAGGAUUUGUCUGCAGGUGAAAUCAAUCAUAGCAGUUGUAAGGUUUUUUACCCACAUGUUCUGCCAAAUAAAAAUGUUGAACCCAUCACACAUGACCCCAUGCUUCAUAUGCAUUACCCAUGUAAAACAUCUCUUGAAAAUAAUGGGGUCAUUUCUGAAGAUCAAGAAUAUUCAGGGAAACUUAUUCCAGGCAGUAUUCAGGGUUCAAUCAUUCUAGAAAGUCAAGAAAGUAAACUGGAAAAAGUCUCUGAAGGGACUGGAUGUAUUCCAGAACUUUUCAAUUCCCUCCCACACAAACCUUCAACAGAGUCGGAAUCUCCAUCUUCCAGAAACGACAUUUUAAAAGCCCCUUCACAAAAUGAAGACCACAGUAGUAGUACAGUAUCAGAUGAAGAAGAAGCUUCUAAGACUACAUUUAUUCACCAAGACAAACUAAAGAAGAAAUCUAAGAAGCAGUCCAAGAAGCAGUCUAAGAACAAGAGGAUAUCAAAGAAAUUCAAGGAUGUAUGCAACUCAAAUGUUGAAAACAGUCUACCAGUUCAAACAUCGUCAAUUCUUCAAUCAUCUCUAGGGAAAUUGGUUCAAGAAGUCCUCCAAAUCAAAAUCAAAUCCAAGAAAUUUGAGGUUGAAUUGGAUGAUGAAAUGUAUAAGAAAAUUGAUGAAGAAUACAACAAACACUCUACCACUUCUGUAACCCAUGCAGAUAUUCCAACUCAAUUCUUUGAAAUUUUCCGUGAAUUGAGUGAGGUAUAUGAAGAGGUGGACUAUAUCUCAAAGCGGAUGACAGCCUUUAUAGUACAGUUCACAGAGAAGGCACUAGUUUCCAGAUUGUCUGCUAUGAAGACUGAAGUGUCACCCCUGUCAAAGGAGCUCUUGGAUCUCCUGAAAGUUGAAGAAGAAUUUCCAACAUUUGCAGACAUUGAUAAAUCUACCUUUAAGAAGGCUCAAGGGAUCUCUCAAGUUCUUGAAACACUUGAGGAUAUUGGUUUUGCAACAGCAUCUAGUGAAUUUGAUCUGGACAGCCGUUUUGAGCAGAUGAUGAUAAUGUCUCAUAUUGACAAACGUGCAAUCAUCAUCACACAAGAGAAGAUGAAGCUAUUCAUGAAGCAAGGCGGGAAGCUCUCAGUUGUCAUGGAAAUAAGUCAUUGCUUAGGAUUUGGUAUGGAAGAAGCAGAGUGGAGCAAAAUGAAUGAUGAUCAGAUCAGAGAAAGAGUUAAGAACAUAGUAUUUGCAAUGCAUGGAAGGUAUUUGAUUGAAGAUGAAUUGGAAAAGCUCUCUCAAAUGCGCAAUACCUGGUAUGAUGGCCGUGAAAGGGAUUUCAUGUUGAAUGAGCCUGAACUCUCCAAAAUCUUUAAAAGACGGUUUGCUCUGCUGGUUUGUGAUGCAGAGAAGUUACCUUUGAAAGGAUUAUCUGAUUGGUUUCAUGAGAAAGAGAUGGUCAAAAAUGUUCAACUCCACAACAAAGGGAUCACAUUUGGUCAAGUAUUGGUGGGAGCACACUAUGGAAUCCCUUUGUUGAACCUACAGAACUUCUUAGGACUCAUUCAUCACAAAAAGUAUUCAACCAUUAUCAAACCAAGGAAGCAGUUCAUAGGAUCUGUAUACGUGUCCAAGGGCAUCCAUCUGGAGGGUGUUACAACCCAAUUUGAGAAUUUGAAGCAAUUUUUUAAAAUAUAUGAUAAAAAGCUUUUUAUUGAUAACACCAAUUCAAUUACUGAUUCUACAAACUAUGUUGUAGAAUUUGAACUUCUCCUGAAUCCUCGACCUGUCAAACAUGCAACCCUUUUAACCUUGCAAAAGGUCAAAGCCACAGAAAUGGCCACCGCAUUCCAUGCUUUCACUCUGAAUACAUUUGCAUAUGAAAUUGAUCAAUUUGAGACUUGA